AUGGUUUGGAAUUUUUUCAAACAGGAUUGGGAAUAUCCAUUGCCUAAUUACAAAGUUGCUUUGAAAGAAAUAAAAGAUUCUAGAUAUGAUAUAGUUAGAUUUCUUAAAGAGCUUAACAUUGCUGAUGAAAAUCAAAGAAAUACAUCAAAAUCUCAAAAGCAAGAAUUAUUUGAAUUAUUUUCACAUUCAAGUAAGUUGCAUCCUCAAUCAUGUUAUCUUGGCCGAUAUAUUUAUACUCUUCAUGGAUUACAUGAUUUAUUAGAAGAAAUAAAAUCUGGGAAAUCUUCAGAUCCUAAUAUAUUUAAUACAUUAAAGUUAAAUGAAUCUAAUGAAUCUUCUACUUUUAAAUGCCAAUACUUAUGA